AUCAGUUGCUCUUGAGCAGUUGGCCAAACAGGAGGUGGGCCACAUUUGUUUUUGUUGUCCACCGCGCAAGUUCAUCAGUCAGUUUCUUCUGUAAUGUUGUCCGCGUGAAUACAAGGAUGAACGAGUACAACUGGACACAGUGGCUCGGAACAUAUUUUUGUGAACGGCGUGAUGAACCGGACGGAUUCGACCAUCAGGGUCAAGAAAAAGUGGACGAGUUCCAAUGUUUGUUGGAUGUAUCGGUGGUGGCCAGAGACCUAAUUGUGGCUUUCGUUUGGCUUUCAAUUCUCAUCUAUACUUGCGGUGUCGCGAAAAACGUUCAACGAACCUACCCACUCCUUCGGAAUCACAGCGCGGUCGUGUCCCGUUACUCGUUGCACGACCUCCGUUGGCUGCUGGCCUUUGCUCUGUUCCUGACUCAUUUAACUGAUCUCGGAGAUGCCCUACUCAUUUGGAAGAGCAACCAUUUGCAAAUCGCAAUCGUGUCGCUUGUUCUGCCCGUCUGCAACGCCCUGGUCGUCGUUCUCUCCUGCGUUUACUUUGAUCGUAUCGAGGUAUGGCAGCAUGGUCUCUAUUUGUUAUGGACGUGCCCGCAUUGGCUAGCCGAAGCCAUUCUCAAUCUCGUUCGUUGGCAUCACUUUCGUGUCAAUGACGUCAGAGAAACGGCCGCCCUCAAAUCCGUGGAAGUGCAGCUAGUCACCACCUGGAUCAAGAUUUUCUUGGCCGUUUUCCUCCUCAUCGUCGAUGCCUCAACAGCAUUCCAGGGGAUGCGAUCAGCAGCUGAACCGAAGAAAAAGGAAAUGCAUCCACCAAAUAAGGACAUGGCGUCAACAAGAUCGCUGGAUUCGGUGUUUGUUUCGACGGGAAAACAACAGCAACAAGCGUUUGCAGGCCAAGCGGACAAAAGCCCAGCAUGCUGCUACCUUCAUGGCCAGUCAAACCUUCUGUCAAAAGCCACCUUCUUCUGGCUAAAUCCACUCCUGAUGGCCGGUUUUUGGACUCCGCUGGAGCAAAAGCAUCUUGGUCCCAUUCCGGAUGAUUACAAAGCUUCCCAACUGAGCCAACAAAUCCGGCGUUUGCUCGACACCAAGACUCCGAACCUCUGGCGAUGCUAUUGGACAUUUUCGUGGCCGGCGAUUUUGCUCGGCGGAUGGCUCAAAUUUCUCGGCGAUUUGGUCGGUUACGUCGCGCCGCUCGGCAUUCAAGUGAUGGUCAACUACGUCGGGACGAAUUCAUCGUCCAGCUCAAUAAAUUCCACGAGUACGAACAACGCGACUGCUGGCGCUCAUUUCGACUACCCAACGGUGACGGAAUUUUUGUCCAACGGCUACAUCAUGGCCGUCAUAGUCUUCCUGUCCAGCUUCUUGCAGGGAACGCUCUCCCAAGCGUCUAGUCACGUCCUCUGCGUCGAGGGCAUCCGGCUUAAGACGGCCCUUCAGUCCUUUAUGUACGAGAAAUCGCUGCGACUCUCGUCGCUAAAUGGAGUGACCGUCGACUCGGACAAAACCGACGAUGAAGAGCAUCCGAAAACGGAAGACUCUGCAACGCUGCAACUCGAUGCCGGAACACUCAGUCAACUCUUGACGGAAGAUUGUGAUAACACCAUGGUCCUCUUGUGCCUCUGUCAUUACCUUUGGGCCAUCCCGCUCAAAUUGGCCAUCCUGUUGUACUUGCUGCACGAGAAGCUGGGCGUCGGCAGCGUCAUCGCCGCCCUGCUCUGCCUCCUCCUGAUGGUUCCAGCUCAAUUUCUAUUAGGACGCAAUAUCUCCCAUCAAAACAAGUCGAGUAUGAGAGAAGCCGGCAGGCGAUUGGCCAAAAUUCACGAAUGGGUGUCGAACAUGAAACUCUUCCGGCUUUACGCUUGGGAACGCUCCGGAUUGAGUCGAAUCCGGGCCGUCAGGCGUAAGGAAUUGCAACACCUUUGGUCCUAUUCCAUCCAGUGGGCGUGGGCAACUUUUCUGACGCAAGCCUCGACUGUAGCGCUGACUUUGCUCACGUUCGUUCUUCAUCCUUUCCUCUCUGCUUCCGGAACGUCCCCUUCGGCCGCUCAAGCUCUCUCGGGAUUGGCACUGAUCAAUCAAUUUACCGUUCCACUAACCAUCAUUCCCGUUAUUGUUCCGGAGCUGAUUGCCGCUUGCAACAGCACAUUCCGACUGAACGAAUUCUUCAGGAAGUCGGACAUUAACGUCCAGCGCCAUCAUCAUCCGAAUCCGUUGAUGGAAUCCAACAGCGUCCAGUCGAAUCCUUCCACCACCACCGAAUCGCUUUCUGUCCGCACGCUGGAAAACAUUGUCGAAGACGAAGAACACCAGCAAUCCAGCAGCUUGGAGAGCUGCUCCGAAUCGGAGAAAUCGGCCUGUUUGGACCAAGAGGAAGAGGUGGCCAUUAGGAUCAGUCACGCGACGUUCAGUUGGCAUCCCAUGGACGUUGACACCAACCAAAGCGAUUUCAAAUUGUCCGACAUCAAUUUGAAUAUCAAGCGAGGCAAGCUGACGGCUAUCGUCGGCCACGUUGGCAGUGGUAAAUCGUCUUUGCUGAUGGCCCUCCUGGGAGAGUUGGAGAUGAAAACCGGAAAUUUGACAUGGUCCUCAUCUGCCAGCAGCCAAAUCGGUUACGUGGCUCAGCGGCCGUGGUUGAUGCACGCAUCUCUGCGGGACAACAUCCUUUUCGGCAACGCUCUCUACGCCAAACGCUACAGCAAAGUGCUGGAAGCCUGCGCUCUGACGCAAGAUGUGGAAUUGUUUCAACAGAGGGAUACGACACUGAUCGGAUCCAAAGGACAAAACGUCUCCGGCGGUCAGAAGGCCCGCAUUUCGUUGGCCAGAGCCAUUUACUCGCCCGCGUCCACGUUGCUGCUGGACGAUCCUUUCGCCGCCCUGGAUCUAGCCGUGGCGCAACACGUUUUUUCGGAGGCUAUCCAGCGGGUUCUCUUGCGCCAAGGAAGGAAUGUCAUUAUGGCAACGCAUCACAUGGAAUACGCUUUGCAGGCGGAUCACGUCAUCGUCCUGGAUUCCGGCAACAUUUUCGUCCAGGGCCCACCAGAAAAAGUAGCGUCCGUCUGGCCGGAAUUAUUGAACCAGUCGAGCCAGUCGGACCAAGACUCGAGUUUGUCAAAAGGAAAUGCCAAGGACAGGUGGAACAUGCUCCGAUUGGUCACGAAAACUGGUUACGUUUUUAAGGCGGGUGGCAGCCGGAAGGAGGACGAAAUCACGAUCCAGCCGACGGAUUCUGAACACGGGCAGCGAUGGAAGCGACGCUCCAGCCGUUUGAAUGCCUUGUCCAUUCACAUGUCGCACGAUCUUCCGCUACUGACGGACGAGAUGACAAUCGACGAACUUUUGCCGGAUGCCGGAAUGUCCUGCCCUUACGGAUCGAAAAAUUUGCGAACUCGCCAUCUCAGCUCACUCAACGGGCCGUUGCCGGAAGCCCUUCCGACCGCACCGUCGCAACCUCGCUCAAUUUCCUUUUCGUUGAAAGGAUCAUCGGCCGCCUUUUCUUCGUUCGUUAAUCGAAGGCGGACGAGAUCGAGGGAUCGAUUUUCCCAACGAUCGAUCAAUCAACCAGUUGUCUCGCUUCAUCCGCUGGCUGAUUCCUCUUGGAAUCCGCAGGGAAGCAGCAGCAGUAACAGCAGUCGAACGGGGAGUAAUUCCAACAACUACAGACCGUCCUUGUUCCGACUUUACUCCACUCCGGUGGGUAAACAUUCAUCGGAAGUCGACGGCGUUGAGAGAAGAAUCAGCGUCGAUAGCGAACAUUCGUUGUUAACCGUUAGGCGAUCACAGCCGGAACAAGAAUCAGCACACCAGCAACAGGGCGUGCAGAGGUUGCUGUCUACUGCCUCGGGUUUCUCCGAAGAAAUCAACGCCGAUCCGGAAGAUUCAGAUCAAGAACGAGGACUUUUACGGGAUCCUGCAGCUGUCGACGAAGAGCGGCAAUACGGUCGCAUACCCCGCCGACUUUACUGGCUUUAUGCGCGCGCUUGCGGGCUCAUCUUAACAUUGAGCUACUUUUGCGGCUCUAUCGGUUGGCAAUGCGCUCGUCUUGCAACCGAUUACUGGCUAGUAGUUUACCAGAUCGAAGCACACGAUUCGUCGUCCUCGGCAGAUAACUUGCCGUACGAAGAUCAACAGCCGCUAGAAAUCUCCGACCAGACGGAGAAGAACAGCAGUUCUUAUUUCUACCUCGGAAUUUACGUCUUGCUGUCUGUCGUAUCUGUCGUAGCGGCCCUCAUGACAAACAUCCUCGGACAGGCGGCCGGGAAUCAGGGUAGGAAGCGGUUGCACGACGAUUUGUUAACCAGUCUGUCACGGUGUCACACACACCUGUUUGACGUCGAACCAACCGGUCGUAUAUUGAAUCGAUUUAGCAGCGAUAUGUCUAUGAUUGACAAGAAACUGGCAACAACUGUUCAACGACUUGUUCAAUUCGUGCUCAUGUGUUUGUCAGCCAUCGUUAUCAACGUUGCCAUUAGUCCGUGGUCCCUUCUACUAGCCCUAUUGAUUGUCAUCAUAUUCUACUUGCUCCAAAGAUUCUUCCGCACAUCUGCCAGAGAACUACAGCGUUUGGAAAGCCUGUCUAAGGGGCCCGUAGUAUCUCAUCUGACUGAAACACUUUCCGGUUUGUCGACCGUACGAGCAUUUGGCCAGCAGCGGCGAUUCUUACAAACCAUGUACGAACAUAUGGAUACCCAUUCGGCAGCAGUUCUAGUCCUCAAUUCGACCAACCGCUGGCUUGGUUUUGCUCUGGAUUCGCUAGGUGCGGCGGUGGUAUUGGUUGCCAUGCUGCUGGCGUUGUUUGUUCACAAAAACCAACCGGAAUAUCUAACUCCCGGUCAAGUUGGCCUCGCCAUCAGUUACACGCUAAUGACGCCGAUCUAUCUUCAGUGGGUCGUUCGUUUUUGGUCAGAACUAGAAAUGUAUUUCAAUGCGGUCGAGCGAGUAUUGCACUACUCUCAUUUGCAACCCGAAAGUGAAUCGACAAGUGAAAGCGCCGUUGUUGACAGCCAAUGGCCGAGCAAAGGUGACAUAGAAAUUGUGCAUCUGUCUGUUACCUAUCACCGCAGUCUAGAGCCAGUGUUGCGGGACCUCACUUUGACUAUCGCGCACGGUCAAAAGAUCGGCAUUUGCGGACGAACAGGCAGCGGAAAAUCGACGCUGGUCAACGCCAUUUUUCGACUUGCCGACACAGCUUCGGGUCAUAUCAAAUUAAACGGAAUUGAUAUUGCUUCGCUAGAACCCCAUUUUCUAAGAUCUCGGUUAACAGCUGUUCCGCAAGACACACUCAUUUUUGCCGGUACUCUCAGAGAUAACUUGGAUCCGGAAAAUAAAAUAGCCGACGAAGAAUUAUGGGCCGCUUUAGAGGCAGUAAACCUCAAAGACACUUUCCGAAACACCGGAUUGGACGGAGAAUUAUUUAAAGGAGGAAGUUGCAGUUUGAGUGUAGGGCAACAGCAGCUAUUUAGUUUGGCCCGGGCUGCUCUUCGACCAUCACCAGUUCUCGUUCUAGACGAACCAAGUAGUGCCUUGGACACAGAGGCAGAACAAACACUACAUCAUUGCCUGGACAAUUUAUUUAAAGACCGAACAGUUAUUCUUGUGGCGCAUCGCGUGUCGAGCUUGAAGAAAUGUGACUGGAUUUGCGUCAUUGAAAGUGGACAACUAGUGUUACAGGGAACACCAGAUCAAGUGCUAAACGAGCUGCCAAUUUUCGAUUAAAAAAUUUUACUGUUAUAUCUUAUAGCUUUAUUUGACCCAACUGCCCAUUAUUCCCAAAGCAAUUUAUUUGUUAUUUAGCAGAUAUUGCGCAAAUGCAACUUUAAUCUCCAUGUUUUUUUUCCAUAAUUGUUCAAUAAAUAGCCAAUAAAGUGGGCAACAAGCCUAUUUAAAAAUGAAAACGUUAAUAAUGAAAAGUUGAAAACUUUCUAAAAUGGGCUUGAUAUUGGAAGUGCCAUCACUAAGACUCUAUGGCAAGCCGUUCGCGUGUAACAUUUUAUACUGUAAAUCUAAAGGUUAUGGUAAGACAAGAAGUAAUGUUAAAUCUAAUGGUAAAUAGCUAUAUGAACGCGAAUGGUUAAAGCGGAACUUUUGACCCGCGGACUUUGAAAGUUGAAACUUUAAGAGUAUGCAUAACACAGGAUUCUUGAUUGCUUUCAAGGAUAUGACGUUAAAUAUACUGCGGUGUGUUCAAUCACAUCUAAAUUGGAAACUGAAGGCGCUUUGAGCAUAUAAUGGAAAGGCGCCAUAUAAA